CGUCAGCAGCGCUGUUGCAGAGUCACUGUUGUAAACAAGAGGCCGCGAGCACUGCGCGUCCCCGUGGACGUUGACGGCUCAUAUCAGUUUUAAUAAAUCUGCGACACGGGUCCUGACGGUCACGCGCACUGUUUUCCUCAGAACACGGUUUUCCUCGUGGUUGUUUUUUUAACAGACGUUGUGACUUGUUAGCAUCUGCAGCUAGCAUCUCGCUCCCGUUAGCAUUAGCCGUUAGCCUCCCUGGCUACCAGACCUCCGCGGGCCUGCAGCGGGGGACACGCUCUUUAUGCCCAGAGGACAUCUUUCUCUCCAGCGACCAGGAGACCGUGAACCCUGGGUGGCUGGUCAGAGCAGCCUCCUCCCACCAUGGAGGCAGGAGGGACGGACCGUGAGGAGGAAACUCUGCAGACAGCGUUUAAGAAGCUCCGGGUCGAUGCUGAGAGCAUGCCCGGAGCUGUGAGUGUGUCCGAGGCGCUGGUUCCCAGAGCGGCACCGCGACCUUGUCUCGACACCAGCGGAGCAAAGCCCAAGCUCAGCUGCCCCAAGGACAACUGGCACGGCUGUAUGAGGAAAACUUCCAGAGGAGCAUCCAGAACCCAGCGGCGCCGGAGGUCCAAGUCCCCCAUCCUCCACCCCCCGAAGUUCAGCUACUGCAGCACGGCCACGGCCUCUGCACUGUCGCCCUCUAGUGGCUGCCUGAAGCACCAGCGCCUGGCUGUGCCGGAGCCCGUGGAGCUUCGUCCUGCGGUCGACAGCAGAUCCGCCUCCUCCACAGCUCUCCCCGCCCAGAAAGAGCUCAGGUCUCCAGGCUCACCCGGCCACAUCUCUGCCCUGGUUUUUGGAUCGUGUGCCGGUUACGAGUCACGUGUUGGAGCCGUGGUUUCCUCGCCAUCUUCACAAGAGAUCCCCAGCCUCAUCAAUCCAGUCGUAGAGCCGGAGGGGGCAAACUGUGGAGACGCCCAGUCGAGCGAGGAGGAGAAAAGUGCCUGUGGCGGAGCGGCGUCUGGAGCAGGAGCCUCUCUGAGAUCCGGACCCGCUGAGGCCGCGGACUUCCGAGCCUUAUCGGAGCUCCACUGCUCUCCAGACGGCGCCCACCCGCCCUGCUGCUGCGCCCAGAAGGAAAGCCCAGAUUCACCAGAGCAGAGCCAGGGCGCUGCCAGCCAGUGCCGAUGCCAGUCGCAUCCUCAGGGCCUGCAGGGCGUGGAGGUGUAUUCCUUCACCGGGCUCCGCAAUGUCAUCUCGGAGUGUGAGCGGAGCCUGCCGGGCCACGGCGACGCCCCCAGAACUGUCAGCACCAACAGUAACGCAGCGUCGUCGGCAGGCUCCUCCCCCCGCUCCUGUUCGGAGCAGGCGCGCGGUUACGUCGAUGACAUCACAAUAGAUGAUCUUUCUGGCUACAUGGAGUAUUAUCUUUACAUCCCCAAGAAGAUGUCCCACAUGGCGGAGAUGAUGUACACUUAGAGGAGUCACUAAAGAUUAUUAUUAUAUCAAAAGAGUUAAGAGGAUUUUUCUUUGAAUGUCGCUGCAGGAGAGUUUCACUCGUUGUUUUAUUUCUGUUUCUCUGUCGUGCUGCAUCGAUUAAUUACUUUCUGGUCUUUUUUUAAUUUAAUUCUUAAUUAACAUAUGAAGUUGCCAAAGCUCUUGGUCGUGCGGACGGAGAGAGCGGUAGAAGUUUACCAACGUGUGACGACGAGUGUGAUGAUGUUUGUGGUGUUGUGACCUCAGGAGUCACAGGUCUGGAUUUCAUUUCCUUCAAUAAAGACUCAAAAUGUUUUUGUUGGAAAACCC